GCUAAGGCAGGGUCGACGUCGAACAGUUAUGGAGUUCUUGUCAUGUUCAAAUUUCAAACAAAACAAAACACGAAGCAGAAGAAAAGUUUAUUUUGGCCUAAUUACUUGUGAUUUCUAGUUUAUUUUAAUUCUGUUUAAAUUUAUAAAAGUGUGAACAAUUGUAAUGUUUGUCUUAAAAACAUCAUCUGUGUGUAAUUCGUAAUAAUAACUGGCAGGACGCUCAGCCUGCAUUUAAAAUAUUUAAAACUAGCAUUAGGUUUUGAAUAUUUACGUCUAGGAGCUGAUCUGUGAUUAAGUGCUGUUUUUUGUGUACAUACUAUAUCCAAGUUUACAGUUUUUAAAGUAGAAUGGAAGAGAACAAUAGUUCGGUCUCAAAUGUUGAUAAACAAUAUAAAGUUCAAUUAAAUCAAUCUAUGCAGAUUGGUUUAGAUAGAUAUUCUAUGUUUAAUAUUUUUGUUAAAAAUGCAAUUGACAAAAUAUCUUCUGGAGUGAGUGAAGAACAGUAUAUGAAUCUGUUUGGAAAUCUGUCUGCAUUAAGGAAAAGCAAAUCAGCUCCAGGAAAAAUGCAAAAAAGAAUGAAGACAAAUCUUAUGGAUUCAUUAAUUACUGAAGUUGAUGCUAUGGCUGAAGAAGAAAACCUUCAAGAAAAAUUACAAAAGCUUGACAAACUCGUUGAGGAAGCUACAAUAGACGAGGAGAAAGAAACAUGGAGACCCAACGGCAACGUUAAUGACCAUCUUCGGUCACAUGUGAUGGCAAUGAAAUUAAAGCAUAAAAAUUCUCUAGAAGAAUGUGUGAGGGAGAAGGAACAAGCAACGGAGGCUCUUCGACAACAGGUCAACCGAUAUCGGAGUCAAGUGCGUUUAUUGGAAGCGAAACUGCAAAACCUCCACGAUCAAAGUUUGGACUGUUCUGUGAUUAAUAGUGUUGAUACAAAGAUAACCGAGAGAAUAAAAGAGUUUAAAUGAUUAUUAAAAUUAGUUUAUAGAAGUUUAAGUGGAAGACUGUAUGUAUAUAUUGCUAAAGAUUCUUAUCAUUGUGUUACGAAAAUAAAACUUUUCUGCAAUAAAUUAUUUUAAAUGUC